AUGAUGCUCACCCUCUGUCCCCCAGUCGUCGACCUUUCUCUCGACACGCUGCAGCUCCUGUCCGACAGCCCGGAGGUCCAGCCGACCAUGCUCAAGGAGCCCGGCCUGCUGGCGGCGUUGGACCGCGUCAUUGCCGUCGGCUCGACUGACGAGCAGCGCAGCCGCGCCACCCUGAUCAAGAACAAUCUCCGCUCGACAGCCUCGCGCCCGGGCGCCGGCACGCCCUCCGGCCCCGGCAAGCAGGCCGGCCCCGGCAUGUCGGCCAGCUCGCCCGCCCUGAAUGCCUCGACUUCCUCCUCCUCGGCCGCGGCCUCCUCCGCCUCUUCCUCCUUCUCGACGACGGCGGCCUCCAGCGGGGAGGAGGCCCUGCCGCACGGCGCACCGGGCACCUCCUCCAGCCGGACCUCCUACUUUACUAAUUACACCGGCGCCGGCGAGUCGGGCCAUGUGUUCAGCACCGGCAUCGGGGGUGCCUCGCGCGGCGCUGGCAUCCGUCCUGGCGGCAUGUCCGGCAUCAUCAACAAGACCUCCCUGAUGGACCGCGGUGCUGGUGGCGGCUUCGGCGGUGCCGGCUUCAAUGGCAUGGAGUCCGGUCACUCGACUUUCGGCGGUGCCGGCCUCAACCGGCCUGGUGGCGGGAUCCCCGGCGCUGGUCCCAGCGUUUUCUCCGCCUCUUUCAAGGCCGCCCGCAGCUACACCCUUCAUAUGGAGUCCUUGGUGGACCCGGCCAUGCGAGGGCUUGUCGAGAAGGCCCUGGUUUCGGUUCGGGGGAUCAUCUCCUUCACGGUGGACCCGCGCACGUGCCGGAUCACCGUGCGCGCCCGGUCGGACUUCCCCCUGGAGGCUCUCUUCGCCUGCAUCCUGACCAUCGAGGUGGAUAACCCCUCGCUGCUGAAUGUCCAGCAGGUGGUCCGCGCGGCCGACGGCACCGAGACCCUGGUCGAGCCGGACUGCCCGAAGGACGACGAAGGCCCCUACGUGCCGGGGUACUUCGACGACGAUGACUACGACAACGAGACCAAGGCGAAGUCGGCCGUCUCGCACCAGAACGUGUCCCAAGGCGGCGCCGGCGGCGAUGGCCUCCUAUCGUCGAUCGGCUCCUUCAUCACCAACUUCUGGGGCUGA